UCCUAUGUAUAAGUACAUCUCCCUACAUAGUCGGGUGUGGUCCAAAAAUAAUUAACACUAACCAACCACAUCCACUAAUGGAGAACAACACUAGAAAUCUCUUCUUCCUACUAACACUAUUCCCCCUCACGUGCCUCUCACUCUCACGUGCCCCAACUCCACGAGCUGCUAAUUCGCGCCAAUGCGAGAACUGUGGCCCGACUCUGGUUCCGUACCCGCUAAGUACCCGACCCGGUUGCGGUGACUACGCUCUCUACAAAAUACGUUGCACCGCCGGGGCUCUAUGGCUCGACACCGUUAAUGAGUCGGCUUACCCGAUCACCUCGGUCAACCCGGUCACUCGGCGAUUAACGAUUCGACCCGCCGGUAUCGCCGCCAAUUCUUGUGUAUCUACUGAUUUUCGUAGCCGAGGAAUUCAGCUCGACCACAAUUCCUCGUUCAAAGUCGCCGCCGGUAAUACAAUCUUGCUACUAAACUGUACGAAUUUAUACGUUCGCCGCCAGCGUCCGCCGGUCGAUUGUACGGCGAACGGCCUUUGCCACCGUUAUGUGAAGGAUAAUUUGGUUGUUCCGUGCAUGAAAACGGCCUCGUGUUGUUCGCUUAAGGUUGGGGUUUCGAACGUUGGGGAAUAUGGAUUUGGGGUGAAAAUUGGAGGAGAUGAGUGCUCGGCAUACCAGAGCUUUGUGACGUCUGGGCCGGCGGCGAUGGCGAAGAUGCCUGCUGAGAAGUGGCCGGAACCGGAGAUGGAGUUAGAAUGGGGUUUGCCGAGUGAGCCCAUUUGUGAAGGGUCAUUGGACUGUAUGAACUUGAUGAACUCAAAGUGUUUGGUUGAUCCGGUUAGAGUUGGACAGAAGAGAUGUUUUUGUGAUAUUGGAUUCAAGUGGGAUCCUAUGUAUGGGUUGUGUGCUCAAAUUCAGACUGCGAAGUGCAGUAUUGAUCGACAUGGAAAGGGGUGCAAAAUUAUGAAGAAGAAAAAGUCAAAGAAGAUUGCUGAAUUGAUUUUUUUUUUUUUUCUCAACACAGUUUUGGCGGGAGCAGUUUGUGGAGUAGUACCAACCAUAAUAGUGAUGGGAAUUUUGUUGUACAAAAAACUAAACCAAUCGAAUUCGAAGAAAGAAGCAAUAAAAACUCUAGUCAAAGAGCGAGAACUCAGUCUCCAAUCCAAAACAAGUGGCAAAUCUGCCAGAAUCUUCACCGGAAAAGAGAUCGUCAAAGCCACUAACAACUUUUGCAAGUCCAAUCUCGUCGGCUCCGGCGGCUUCGGCGAGGUCUUCAAAGGAAUCUUUGACGACGGAACCAUCACCGCCAUCAAACGCGCCAAGUUCGGAAAUACCAAAGGAACUGAGCAGAUCCUAAAUGAGGUCAGAAUCCUCUGUCAAGUAAACCACCGUAGAUUGGUGCGUCUCCUCGGUUGUUGUGUAGAUCUUGAUCUUCCUCUCCUGAUCUCUGAAUUUAUCCCCAAUGGUACUCUUUUCGACCACCUCCAUUGUCAUAGCUCCAAAAAGUAUGCUCCGAUCAAGUGGAUCCUCCGCCUCCAAAUCGCUCACCAAACUGCAGAAGGCCUAGCUUACCUCCACUCCGCCGCCAUGCCUCCAAUCUACCACCGUGAUGUCAAAUCAAGCAAUAUCUUGCUAGACGAGAAGCUUGAUGCAAAGAUCUCCGAUUUUGGACUCUCCAGAUUGGUUGAAGAACAACAAAGCAAAGCUAACAAUAAUAAUAGUGAAAUAGAGGAUAAUAAUAUUUUCACUUGUGCUCAAGGGACAUUGGGUUAUCUAGAUCCAGAAUACCAUCGAAACUUCCAACUAACUGAUAAGAGCGAUGUGUAUAGUUUUGGGGUUGUGUUGCUAGAGAUUUUGACGGCCAUGAAAGCAAUCGAUUUCAAUAGAGAUGAGGAGGAUGUGAAUCUGGCUGUGUAUGUGAAGAAGAUGAUAAAGGAAGAGAGAUUGAUGGAAGCAGUGGAUCCGAUGCUGAAAGAAGGAAGUUCAAAGAUUGAGUUGGAGACAAUGAAGGCAUUGGGGUUGUUGGCGGCGGCUUGUUUGAACGAUCAACGACAGAAUCGACCAUCGAUGAAGGAGGUCGCCGAUGAGAUUGAGUACCUUAUCACUAUCGUUUCACAGACUACUAAGUUUAUAAAUUAGUUAUAGUUAUAACUAGUAUGAUGUAAACUCAUCAUCUCCUUCUAUUGUUUUUUUUUUUUUUCUUUGUAUCUUGAGAUAUUUUUUUAUGCAGAUAUUUUUAUAGAAAUGUCAAAAUGGUUUAUUGUAGUAAACUUCUUAGAUAGAAAUAUUACUUUUUUAAGUUUUUAAUAA